CUUACUCAUGCCACCACUUAAACUAUUUUUUCUUCUUCUUCUUGUUACUUAAAAACACGAAAACUCCCACAACGUAAAUAAAUAAUAAACAAAUCCUCCAUCUUCCGCGGCCAUUCACCCCCUCAAGUCUAAGAAAGACAACCAGAAAGAGCAAGGAAACAAAAAGUCAAGAGCUAGAAAUCCAAAUAAUGGCCACCACCCAGAACAAAAGCGCCAUCAUAUCCGUCGUCGGCUCCCUCAACGUCGACCUCGUGACGCGCACGUCUCGCGUGCCCGUGGCCGGCGAGACCCUCACGACCGAAUCCUUCGACAUCGGGUUCGGCGGCAAGGGCGCGAACCAGGCGGUCGCGUGCGCGCGGCUCUCGCGCACAGCAUCCCAAGCCGCAUCCUCGUCGCCGUCGGACGUCGAGGUGCGGAUAGUGGGGGCGGUGGGCGACGACGAGUUUGCGGGUGGGUUCCUGAAGAGCCUGCGGAAGGACGGGUUGGUGACGGAUCGGAUCGAGGUGUUGGAGGGGAAGAAGACGGGGGUGGCGGUCAUCGUGGUCGAGACGGGGAGCGGGCAGAAUAGGAUUAUGUUUUGCCCUGGUGCGAACUAUGAGGUCCAAGAGAAGGAUCUCGUCGAGGGGGAUGAGCAUGUGGCGUUGUUUCAGCUGGAGCUGCCGCUGAAGGUGGUGCUUCAUAAUAUGAAAGCAGCACGUGACAAGGGCGUCGAGACGAUCAUCAACCCUGCGCCGGCUAUCCCGCUGCCAGAGGAAGCAUACCAGGGACUAGGCCACUUGAUCGUCAACGAGACGGAGGCCGCCAUCCUUUCUGGCAUCGAGAACCCCACUGAUUGGGACGAGGUCUCGGCCAUCUUCGUCAAGCGGGGCGUCAAGAACAUCAUCAUCACUCUCGGUGGAGACGGCGUGUAUUACCAGACCAGCGACAGGAGCGCACAGUCCCAGGCCGGCCGCCUCGUGCCCGCGAGGAAGGUCCAGGUCGUGGAUACGACCGCCGCGGGAGAUACCUUCGUCGGAGCGUACUCUGUCGCCGUGGCGAGGUGGAAGGCCAGCGGCGCUACGUCGAACUUCGACCUCGAUGAGGCGAUUGCGUUGGCGAAUCGUGCGGCGUCGCUCACGGUGCAGAAAAAGGGCGCGCAGUCUUCGAUUCCUUGGAUCGAUGAGGUGCCUUCGUCGUAGAUGUGGAAUGCUUGAAGAUCAAGGUUCUUAGAUCACGGAUGCAGGUUUGGGGUAUAGGGCUGGCGACAUUGUGGUGGUAUCAUGUCCAGCUGGGGGAACAUUGUGAGGUCGAAGGGUCUGAGGAGACCAAAUGGUCAGAUUCAUGAACGAAACGCCCAAUGGCCUAUCAAUGGUCAAUGAUUUUCAAGACCAUCAAAAGUUUGACAAUCGGGAUUCAGCAAUUAUGUCGAUUGCAUAUAUAUCUUGCAGUAUUUUAAGGUAUACAUCAGCAGAUAUAUAGACUCAUGUUCGGGCACACUGAAUGAAGUCAAAUAGAAGAAUCUUUCAC